AUGCCGCAGUUACCGCUGUUACCGUGGAUCACGUGGCGUCGGCGUCGGUCCCGCUUCGUGCUGAAGUUCUGCAUCGCCUUCAUGAUCGCCUUCACACUGUUCAUCAUUUGGAAGGACGCGUGGUACCAUCACUCCAAGUCGGCGGCCUCUGCUUCCGGUGCGGCCAGAAAGGGCGGCCCCAAGCGCCCACGCCGUUCCACCCAGAAGUCGGCCAACAACGCCUGGAAGUGGAUGCCGAGCACCGAGGGAACUGCGGUCUCCUUCUACGACGCUCUCUCAACGCCCGACGCGGUCAUGGACGGCCCGGAAGACCCGUCGGGUGACGACGAGGAAGAGCGCGAGUUCAUGGCUCGUAUUCGCCAAGACUGGGGACGGGACGGCAGUGGCGUGUACCUCUCAGGAGCCGAGAAAGUGAAGGCCGACAAGGAGUUCAGCAAGGCUGGCUUCAACGCGUACGUGAGCGACAGGAUACCGCUGAACAGGACGUUGUUCGAUAACCGGCCGCGUCCAUGUCUGGUGACGACGUACCCAAAGGACUUGCCUUCAGUAAGCGUCGUCAUCACCUUCUACAACGAGAUCCUGUCGGCGCUGCUACGUACCGUGUAUAGCAUCGUGAACCGGAGCCCGCGACGCCUCCUUCGCGAGAUAGUGCUCGUGGACGACUUCAGCGACCUGCCGGAGGUCAAGUCGCCCCUGUAUCGAUUCCUCAAGCGCCACUUCCGGCCGGGCUUCAUCCGCCUGCUGAGGCUGUCGCAGCGCGAGGGCCUGAUCAGGGCUCGACUCGCUGGCGCCAAGGCGGCCCUCGGUGAAGUGGUCGUCUUCCUCGAUUCCCACUGCGAGGUGCACGACGGUUGGCUCGAACCCCUGGUCACGGUCGUCAGCGACGACCCGACCACCAUAGCGAGCCCGGUCAUCACCAUCAUCAACGAGCAGACGUUCAUGCACCAGGGCGGCGGCGACUUCUUCAUACAGCUGGGCAGCUUCCAGUGGGACGGCGACUUCACGUGGAUCAUGCCACCGCCCGGAUGGCGCAAUCCGACGGACCCUGUACGGCCGCUGCGCAGCCCAACCAUCGCGGGUGGCCUGUUCGCCGUGGACAGGCGCUACUUCUUCCAGAUGGGUGGCUACGACCCCGGCAUGAACGGCUGGGGAGGCGAGAACCUCGAGCUCUCCUUUCGUAUCUGGAUGUGUGGCGGACAGCUCGUGGUCGUGCCUUGCUCGCAGGUGGGUCACGUGUUCCGGUCCCUGCGUCCCUACACCAUCCCCAACGAGCGGGACAGCCACGCGCGCAACACGAAACGCGCGGCCGAGGUGUGGAUGGACGAGUACCGCUUCAUAUUCUACGAAAGGAAGCCCAUCUUCAACGAGCUGGACGCGGGAGACCUGACGGAGCGCAAGCAGCUGCGCGAGGACCUCAACUGCCACAACUUCCGCUGGUACCUCGAGCACAUCUAUCCCGGUGAAGUGCCGCCGGUGCCCCAGGUCGUCCACUCGCCGCUGGCUGAUGACGGCGUGGAAGAACAGACCGUCGAGCACGAAACCUGA